UCUACAUCUUCUGAAGUAUUACUAUUUCCUCCUCUGUUCUGUAUUCUUCCACCAUGGCCAAAAUCCUUCAAAGCGUCACCGUUUUCCUCAUCGUGAUUCUCUUCACCAUCCUCCUCUCCUCGGACAUUUCCUCCGCAAAUCAUGAGACCUUCUCUACUCGCUUAUCUCCAUCAAAGCUCGGCCUCAAAAAACAGAAGCUAACCAAACUUCACUUCUUCUUCCACGACAUUCUCAGCGGCCCAAACCCCACGGCCGUCCGAGUUGCAGAGGCGACCGUGACGAACAAAUCCUCAACAUUAUUCGGUUCCGUGUUCGUGAUUGACGACCCGUUGACCGUCGGACCCGAAGUCAACUCGACGGUGAUCGGAAAAGCUCAGGGGAUUUACUCGUCCGCGUCGCAGAGCGAAAUUGGGUUGUUGAUGGUUCUGAACUUUGCGUUCACGGAAGGGAAGUACAAUGGGAGUAAUCUGAGCGUUUUGGGGCGGAACGCGGUGCUUUCCGGCGUCAGAGAGUUUCCGAUCGUCGGCGGAAGCGGGCUUUUCCGAUUUGCCAGAGGAUACGCAAAGGCCAAGACUUACUCUUUCGAUCUGAAAACCGGCAACGCCGUCGUUGAGUACAACGUCUACGUUUUUCAUUAUUGAUGCUAUACAUAUAUAUAUAUAUAUAUAUGCGCACGCGUAUGUAUAUACAUACAGCUAAACAUGAUAUUCGGAGAUUUUUAUUUUUAUUUUUAGUUUGAGAGAA